UGUGUGCAGGCGGCAAUAGCAAGCAAACAGCACCAGCUAGCCUAACAUCCAUGUGAAUCCGUGAAAUGCCAAUAUUUACGAAAAGUUGUGGCAACGACAAGCAACAUCAUCAGCAGUAGAGCAGUGGCAGGAGCAUCGAAAACGAGAUACAUUGAACACGACACACGAGAGAAAAUCAUAUACACAUACGAGUAGUGAAUAGUCGGGAACAGAGCACACAUCGAAUUCAUACGAUGAAUGACCAUUAUCAAGUGAACAGUGUUUUUUGAAGUUCGCCGCUAAAACAACGUCAAUCCAUCGAGCAACAAAAUUCAAUUUUCCAUUUCGAAUGCGACAAUUUUUGAUAGUUUUUCGGUACAAAGAGAAACAUUUAGUUUUGCGAAAAUUCUCAUUUUGUGCAUGUUUUUGAGAGUGAAACUUUUCUUCGAAUUUAGUGGGAAAUAAGUCAUUCACAUCGAUUGUGGCAGUUAAAAAAAAUCUGUGCGAAUAACAAUGAUGCGUUAAAUGAAUUACAAGUUGGACAUUACAAAAAAGUCGAGUCAACUAACGGGCCAACAAUUAACUCAAAACAAGUGUGUUACUUGUCGCCCAUAAACGAGACACAUUCAACGACACAGUGAUAAAAGAGAUUGAAUGACAGAAAAAAACGGAGUGUACGCGCGAAUAUAUAUCGCUUAAAUGACCAUAUCAUGUUGAACAAUUGAUUUUUGCAGUGCACUUUUUUUUGAGGUAAAACAUAACGUUACCAACAUCACACUAAACGCCUAACAAAUACAACAAGCGCCACGGACUAAAGAACUCAAUUGAUGUGUUAAACCAGUAGAUAAAAACAAAAACAAAAAGAGUCCGUUGAACGCAACCAAAAACCAUCGCUUAAAUACUUAAAUACUACCGCCACCAAAUACAUAUCUGAACUUUGGGGGGUGAAAACAACACACAAAAUCGGCGUUAACUAACUAACUCCAUUUCCAACCAGAAUCUACUAGACACAUUUUCCGAAAAAAAAGAAUGCUGUGUUUUCAAUUGCAUUCAUACAGUUAGUUCUUUGGCAGUGUGACAUUACAAGUGAACUGGGCAAAAAAAACCAGCGGGUAAAAAAACAUAAUUUUUUCUCGUCAGUGAAUUUUCCUCGCCAAACGCAUAAAAGAGACCCGAUCGAAAAAGGGCGAGAAAGAGAGAGAGAGAGAAAAAAAUGCGCGAAUGAGCGCUCACAUCAACUGCGAAAAUUGACCAACAUCGCCACCAACGCGAUAUUUACUUAGCACAAUUGUUAAUAGCAUAAAUCAACACAUUUCGAAGAGGAAAAAAAAAGUAAAACCGCAUCAAAGUCGAGCAGCAAAAGAACCGCUGCUUCGUUUUUUUUAAAUACAGUUGAACAAUUUAAUUUGCAAAAAUUCGGAAGAAAAUCACCAACAAAAUGCAUCUUACCGGUAAUACAACAAACAAUCUAAACAGCAGUGGCACAAAUACCGGAAGCAAUACAACACCAACAAAUGGUGGAACAUCGGCCACUGCCUCGGGCACAUCAAGUGAAAAUACAUCGCCGCCAACAGCAGCCAGUCUAUUGAACGAUGCAUACACCAAAAUGACAUCGGACAUAUUAGCCGAACGUACAUUGGGCGACUUUCUGUCCGAGCAUCCAGCAUAUUAUUCAAAAGGUGAAUUGAUACGAACGGGUAGCCCGUUGUUUGUCUGUACCGUUCUACCCCAGCACUGGCGAUCGAACAAAACGUUGCCAGUUGCAUUUAAAGUCGUUUCACUUGGUGAUAUUGGCGAUGGUACGAUGGUCACUGUAAAAGCUGGCAACGAUGAAAAUUACAGCGCUGAAUUGAGAAAUUGUUCGGCCGUUAUGAAAAAUCAAGUAGCUAAAUUCAAUGACUUACGAUUUGUGGGCAGAUCAGGCCGCGGUAAAAGCUUUACAUUAACAAUAACAGUAUCAACCAGCCCUCCGCAAAUUACUACAUACAACAAAGCGAUAAAAGUAACCGUUGAUGGACCCAGAGAACCACGUUCAAAGACAAUGCUAUCUCUUUUAGGGCAACAACAGCAAUUUCAUUUUGCAUUCGGUCAGCGUCCAUUUCAUUUUCCUGCUGAUCCAUUGUCGGGCUUUCGUAUGCCACCGAUUGGAAAUUGUCAAAAUAUGUCACAAUUUGGCUUAGGAACGGCAAAUUCUCACUGGGGUUACAGUUCGGCAAACUAUUCACCGUAUCUGACAAGCAGCGGACUAUCAACAUGCGGAACAACAUCGGCUGCACAAUUCAAUAAUCCCGCACUGGGAUUUAGCUGUUCGGCCACCGAUCAAGCAACCACACAAGAUUUUACGAACAAUGCACGUGAGUGUUUACCAAUGUUGCCGGAUUCGACGGCAAAUGAUUUAGAUCAGCAUCUGAGCAAUUUGGUUGGAACUAGUCCGAGCGGUCAAAUGACCGGAAAUCACGGAAGUUUAUCACAAGCUGCUAUAAAUGGAACAAAUCAUAUUCCACGCUACUUGGCCACAACAAAUGAUUACAAUUUACACACAAGCAACAAUGGUCCACGCAGUUUAAGUGAUUCAUCUCAAGCCGAAUCACCGGUACAAGAUGAUUUACUCACAUCAAACACACCAAACCUAGGGAAUGGCAACAAUGGUUCGGGCAAUGCCAAUACAAACGGUGGAAAUCUUUCGAACAAUACAAGUUCUGCGAUUGGUAACAAUCCAAAUUUCAUUAGUGGUGUGAAUCAAUCACAAAAUUCCUAUGGCACUGGCAGCAGUGGCGGUCCUGGAUGCAAUAGUUCUAUCUAUCCCGUAUUACCGGCCAGUUUGCUCUAUUCCCAAUUGUAUACGGCCGCAAACCAAACGCAUGGAUUUCAUUCACAUGCCGCACAAAACUCAAUGGUUCACGGUGAAUUACAGUCAGUGAUGGAGCACAUUACAACUGCAUCGGGUCGACAACAACAAAAUCUAAUGAUCGGCGGCACUGAUCUAACACACAUUGGAAAUUGUGGCAGCAGUGCACGAGCUGGCGAAGAUAGUGCACGACAAAUGGUCGUUCCACGUGCUCCACACCACACAGACAAUGGUAAUUCGGUAUGGAGGCCCUAUUAGUAUUGGCAUAUUGACUCUCACGGAGUCACAAAUCAAUAAAUGAUUACAUUUUGGCAAAAAACACAGCAUUAUUAUUGGCGAACAAAAAUCAAAACGAAAUUCAAAAUUAUUUCUUCUUCUUUUUUUUUUAAAAAAAAAAAAGCAAAAUCUGAUACCAACAUUUUUAGAUAAGUCAUGUAAGCUAGUCAGACGAAUAUCGUUGACAUCAUUUUCAUGGAUGGGAGAUCCAACAUUUGCUGUUUUUAUGUAAAUAAUAUGAAUGUUUUAUCACAAUUUAUUCUUUCCUAAAUAUUAAAAAAGAGCACCAUUUAAACGACGUUUUCAUUAGCAUUUCACAUAUAAUAUUCAAUUAAACAUUGAAAACAUUACACUCUGUACAUUUGAUUGAAGUUUUUUGAAGAACAAAACACACGCAUGGUAUCAUUUUCCUCUAUCCUUUAACAACAACACAUACUAUUUACUAUGUAUAUAAGUGACAAGAUACAAAUAGUGUGGAUUAUCUAGUCAAAAAUUGAUGCUGAACAAUUACUGUGUAUAGACAUAUAGUAUGCAUCAAUUUCAAUGUAGUUUUAACACGUUUAGAAUUAAUCGCAAGAUACUCUUUUUGCAGGAAAGUGACACUAUUGCUACUUUUUAAAUACGAAGGGUAGAAUUAUGAAGAAGAAAAUUAAUUUUUUUUAAAUGAAAUUAAACAGAAUCAUAUUUCAAAAAAGUUUUCAAAACAAAGUUCGAUUAUUGACGGUAGUUUGAAUGUGACAAUGUGCUAAUUUGACACGUUUUUCACAUUCGAAACUCACUUUCUCUGUGCUAUAAUACAAUUUAAUAGAUUAACAUGAAAUGAUAUUUGUAAUCAUAGCUUCUGACGUUGACGAUUAAAGGGAGGGUCAUUUCAAAAUUUUCCUAACAUCUAAAGGGGUAAUUUUCUAUUUGGUCUCUCACAAAUUCAAAAAUGCAUUAUUUGAUUUGUUCAUUCCUGGUGGGUUGUCUCAGAGAAUUUGGCUCAAAAAACCUUAGCAAAUUGAAAGAUUUUUCUCUUCGCCAAAAAACCAAUUGAAUAUUUUCUCCCGCUUCAGAAAGUGAAGAGCUAAAAAAGGGUCUUCACUUCUUUCGCGAAAAUCCCUAGCAAAUCGAAAGAAUUAUACUCAUUUGGAAAGGUGGAUGAUUAGAAGCUCAAAAAUUAUAAAAAGAAAAUGUCGAACAAAGUAUAAAGAAAAUUUAAGAAAUAAAAAGACGGAAGAAAGAGAUAUUAUCUAAUCGUUCUUGAAUGUAAUGUUGAAUUGAGUACGACAUACGAUUUCGACUCAUAUAGUUUUAAGGGACAAAGUUGCAAUAUUAUAACAACUUGUUAUUAACAAGUGAGAGUAAAACCGCCAUUAGUCCAAGAAAAAACAGCUCUGUCACAAACAUAAUCAUAAUAACAAAAUUGAAAAAAAAUAUAUAGUGUCCUAUUUUGGAUGUUUAUUGAAUCUAAUUGUAAUUAUAGUAAUACACACACACGUUCACAUUCAUUUUCACACUCACCAACAUUUUACUAAUCAUGGUUCAGUGUAUUUUGUAAGAAUAUCGUAAUAACUAUAUUCAAUUUCAUUGAAAUCCUGCAUAUUUGUCAAAGAAUAUACGAAUUAAGUAUUAAGUCAUACAAAAUAGCUAGAAUGAAAAUGAAAAAAGGGAUUUUCAUAGAAUUGCCCGAAAAUUCGAUGAACAUUUUGAAAUGAACAAUGAUAAUAAGGUGUUAAUUGAGAAAUUAGACAAACUACUUAGCACAGGUAUACAAGUAAUACUAAUUCAACUCAUCUUAGUAUGCAAUUUUAAAAGAAGCCAUCUGAAUGUGAAACAGUGUCCGGAAGACAUACAAAAACUCACACAUACACACACUUUUGAUGUAGAAACCAUAAAUUAAGCUCAAAAUUAAACAGAUCGGAAUUUAGAUGUA